AUGAGAUUAUCGUUGGCCCUCGCCGUCGUCGUGGUGCUGCUGAGCGUGUGGUGUGUGCACCUGGUGGCCGCCCAAGGUUUCCAGCUGUGUACCUUCACCGAUCCGACCACCAGCAAAAAGUAUGAUCUCACCAACCUGGCCAAGCUCUACACCUCCAAGGCCUCCGCCACCGACCCCGACUCGAGUGGCUGGAAGUACUACAACUCGCCCUGCCAGCCCGUGCGUGGCGAGCCGCGGUGCGUUAGCUCGGAUGCCAGCACGGCCAUGUGCCAGCAGGACGCCAAAGAUGUCUUCGCCGUGGGCGUUCUCAGCAAGGGCACUGUUGGCCCCUUGGCCAACGGUGGCGAGGGCUUCAUGGUGUCUUUCACGGCGGUGAACACCCGCGGGUCGAAGGUGAGCUACAUCUGCGACGCGAAGGCCGGCGAGGGCAAGAUCAAGUGGACCUACAUCCCACCAUCCGGUAGCCCCCAGCCCUACAUUUGGGAGUUCGAGUGGCGCACGUCCUACGCCUGCCCGACCGGCGGCGGUGGCGGUGGAGGCGGUGGCGGAGGCAGCUCAGACUCAGGUGGCCUUGCGGGAGGCUGGAUCUUCAUCAUCUGCCUGGUGAGCGUGACGUUUGUGUAUUUCGUCGGCGGACUGGUGCUGCAGAAGUUCUACUUCAAGAGGGAGGGACUUGAGAUCAUCCCCAACAGUCAGUUCUGGUUGGCUCUUCCCGGCCUCGUCAAGAGGAUGUGCGGCAGAGGCUACCAGCAGAUCUAG